GUCGCAACAAACGUUGCUUCCAGCAGUCGAUUUUACAAAAGCCGGAACAAUUGACCCAAAAUUAUCAGUCAGGAGGUAAGAAAGACGACGAUAGUGACGACUACUGCGGCGGAGACCAUUCUAUCGGAGCGGCAGCAGUCAAAAGUUCGUCGACCAUCCAUCCCUGGUCGUCACAAGAACAAAGGCCUGUAGACGUGUAGCUCUCGACAAACAUCAACUGCCCUUCUCUAGAUCCUGAGGUCCGGGCAACGUUGCGCCACCGAGCUUGCAAAAGACGCCAGAAAUGUCGCUGUUCGGCACCACUCCGAAGCCAGGAGGACUGUUUGGCACGUCCACAACCGCUCAGCAACCCCAGCAGACUGGUGGUCUGUUUGGCAGCAGCACCUUACAGCAAACGCAAACAGCACCAGCAGCGGGUGGUGGUCUCUUUGCUGCUUCGACGACCCAGCCUCAGCAGCAGCAGCAGACAUCCAGUCUGUUCGGAUCAUCAACCGCGCAAAAGCCAGCGCUAAGUCUCUUCGGAUCCACAACCCAGCAGCAGCCAGCACAGAAUACCGCAACAGGCGGCGGCGGAUUAUUUGGCAUCAGCGCCGCUCCAGCCGCUCAGUCACAGCAAGAGAAGCUUGCGCAGAGCUUUCUGUCGGGAUCAACUUCGGUCACGCCUCUCCCUCGACUGGGUGAAUCUCAAUGGAUGACGCAGCCCAAUCCACGUGAAAAACCUAUUCGCGACCAGAUGCUAGAGUUGUUCCAGAAAUGGCAUCCGGCGUCUCCAAACUCGCUUUUCACGUAUUACUUCUACACAUCUGUUGGCGCUGACCGUGCGCCCUACUACGGAGUCCCCCCGGACGAAGACUCGGUCAAGUGGGAGGAGGCACUGAAGCACAAGCCCGCGGAGGGCUGCAUACCUGUUCUUGCACGCGGAUUCGGGGAUGAAGGAAUCGCAGGCCGAGUAAAGCUGCAACAGCUGGCGCUCGCCGCGCUGACCGAGCGCAUGCAUGAGAUCGACAAGAGCCUCACCACGCGGAUCGAGGAGCACGACUUAAAAUUCACAGUUCGAGCCCAAGAAGCGAGGCGACGUCACAUUGCUCUUUCGCGGCGGUGUCUGGCGCUGGCGACGAAGGUGCAGGUCCUUAGAAACAGAGGCUACGCACUUGACGCUGCAGAGGAGGAACUGAAAGACAGGCUGUUCAAGCUGGAGAAGCAGGUUUUUGAUCCUGUCUUGAACGGACGGCAGGAAGAGCUGUGGGCGCGCAUGACCGUAGUUCGCGAGCGUGCGAGGAUACUCAAGGUGGAGACCGAGAGGCUGGGGAAGAAAGCGGGAGAGCUGGAGGGUGCAGAACAGAUUGACGAAGAAACCAUGGCCAAGAUUCGACAGAUUCUGAUGAGCUACGAUUCCCAACUAGGACACCUGCGGAGGGAACUCGAUCUUAUCAACAAGGAAUUUGAGAGCUGGGAGGCAAGCGAAAAGCUGGUCAAUGGCCCGAAAAGGUAGUCGUUGACUUUCCUAGUUCGCGGAGAACAAUGUGUCAAUAAGAAGACGUUGCGCCCGGGAAGCAAAGGGCAGGGCAGGGUGUUUAGGAAAGGAUUAGAAAAUCAUCUGAGGUGAGCGUGCAUAGAAGUAGGACAUGGGGAUAUGGAUUUUCCUGCACGCGGAGCUGAUCACAAUAGUGCAAUCCGCCAUAAUGAUGUCUGCAUUGAGUAAGAUAUCAGUUAACGUACGAUAUUCACCGCAUGCUGGUCGAGUUGUAGGCUUUGAAUACACCACUGGUGACGGAAACCUAACAGUCGGCAGCAUGUUCCAUUCAUGAAGCACGGCGAGGCUUCGCAACGGCCGGGGCCACGACGAGGAGAGACACUGACAUCCUUCGACAGUCUUUAAUGGAUGCAUCGAAACUUGCCCCCGUGAGUUAAUAGUUACUCAUCGACAACACUGUUUCCGCUGCCAACCGACACGACCACGUCGUGUUUGAGUAAAUAGUCAAAUUUCUUUUGUUCAUAAAAGGAGCUUUCAUGUCCAUCAUCAAUUAUUCCUCAUUCCUCCUCGUCGAUGCUUGAUUGCGCCUCUGUGAC